AUGGGCCGGAAGCUCUUCCUCAGCCACUUGGAUGAUGCCAACCGCCUACGCAUCGAGCGCAUCCACAGCAUCCACAGCCCGGAAGAGGGCGUCGUUGCUUUCACCUAUGUCUAUCCCACUGGCAACCUUGAACAAGUCAAUAUCGAGGCAUUUGCCAAUGAUCUAGGAGAAUAUCCGGACGGCAACUCGUUCAUGGUGUGCUCCAAGGACACCUCCCUCGAUCCUGUUGUUGCAAGAACUCUGCAAAAAGUCACCGAAAAUGCCCACGGCAAGUCAGUUAUCGACUUGGUGACUGAAGUUGCGGGGCUGUUGACAAUGGUCAUGACAGGAGACCGUGUCCAAGAAGAUCUCAUAACCGGCUAUCUGAUGGAGGAUGAUGAAUUCGAGUUUAUUUUUGAGGGUGAUUCUGACAAUGAAUGUUUUGGCCUAGAUACCUGUAAGUCCACCAGCACAGAGCGCGGCCACAACACCAUAAUCGACGCCGCCAGCAUGUCAACUGCACCCCAAGGGAUGGUGGACAAGAUAUGUGCAGAUCUUAGAGCCCUCAAGGGUUCAGGCUUCCGUGUCGCGAUCUUUGGAAACAUCGCCACCGCCGGUAUUCUAUGCGUUUCAAUCCGAGUUUCCAAGCUCGGCCUCUCGGACGAAGCACUGGAGGCGUGGAAUGUGCCGCGAAAGCAUUACUUCUUGUUGCUCAUCAGAUACAUGCGGGGUUAUUUGGACGCAGGCAGAGUCGUCACUGAGAAGGAUCUGUCCGACUUCGUGGAGAUGCGCGUGGGCCUUUGUGGCCACUAUAAACCUUCCCUCCACGAAGUCCUCCGUCUCUUCCAGUACACGAAGCCGGACGAUGAGCCCCCAGCGGACGAUGCUGACGCCAUAUCAGCUGAUCAUCAUCCCUUCGAAGCACUAUUCAUUGGCAAUUCAAUCAACCAGUUCCUCAACCAACGGGCCUUCAAGAUCAUUGCGGCUCGGGAACUGUACCAGCUCAGCUGGCUUGGCGCAGAGAAAUUCAUCAACGACAGACAAGCAGCUCCUUCCACCUCGAACUUUUGCGACAUGAUGCCCUAUCACUGCGAUGACGGAGGCUGUGCAAGCAACCUUCCCCCGGUAGUCAUUGCAGACCACAUGCUCCAGAACCCACUUGCGAAGGCCUCUUUGCCACUGAUCCUGAUGCAAUUUGCCCUUAGACACUUCGUCCGGUGCACGGAAUUCUGCCUCGUGUGUCACUGCCGGGUCGACGACGGGUUUGAAGCUUUGAAACCGUACGUCUGCUUGAAUCCUCUCUGCCUGUACCAAUAUAUGAAGCUUGGUUUAGGCCCUCGCCUGGAGUGGGAAAUUAUGGCCCAACCAUACGUUGUCGACCUUCUGGUCAGCUUUUGCUACGCAGCUGCUGUUGGUGGCAGACUCAAAGAGCUUCCUAUCGGUAUGGACCUGGUAGUACCCGUCAUACCCCGUCCCAGCAUCCUGCGCACUACGGCGAUGGCUUCAUACAGGAAAGUCCAUACCACAUGGGUCCCGAAAAAGUCUUUUACAUGCACGUGGAAUACGGAUUUGAAGUGCUUGACGGUCGGACAAGGGAAGAACACAUCAAUUGAAAAGCUCAAGCCUGGUGAUUGGAUUGUCCUCCUAUGUGCUCCAACUGAGGCCGCAGCCCAUUGCCGCGUCAAGAGUUUGGAGCUGCCUCAAAUCUGGUUGGAUGCAUCAAUCUCUGUUCCAUAUCCUGGGCAUGUCCAUGACCUCGACAGUCCUUCUGAAGAGGGAAAGACGGAUUGCUAUUUAUACGACAAGACUUUUGACAGCCUCGCUCAAGAACACCAGGAGAACGCCAUCAUGACGUUGCUGGAUGCCCUUCCAUCUGUGAUCAAGAUGCGCGGCUCCUUGGAAGGUCAGGGAAAAAGCCAAGAGCCCAGCCUGGAAGCAUCGCCUGAGAAGAUUCCGAAGGCAGCAUUGCAUCUUCUCCGUUGGAUUGUGGCAUCCAAUAGAUCUUGCAUCAUGCAGGUUGACGACAUCGAGAGCAAGGACGGUCCCUUAAUUCCCGGGAAGGUCACAGAUCGGGUUGGAGGAAUGUAUUCUUGGAUUCAGUUUCGCUUGGCCCAAGGGGCUCCAGACAAAGAGAAGCGAUUCAACGACAGCGUAAAGCGACAUGCGCGGGCCACUGGAACCAUGUAUCCGACUCUUUUUGCAUGGCACGGAAGUCGAACGGCCAACUGGCACUCAAUCAUUCGACUGGGCCUCCGAUAUGAUGAAGUCAUCAAUGGCAGAGCAUACGGGCAUGGGAUCUACUUGAGCCCUUCCGCGCAUAUAAGCUUGAGGUACUCGAGGGAGGUUGUCCCUGAGCGCUACUGGCAAGGAUCUGAGCUCAAGAUUGCGAAUGUGCUUUCCCUGCAGGAAGUCGUGAAUGACCCCGCGAAAUUCACCUCCACCGCGCCACACUAUGUGGUCCCGAAGGUUGACUGGGUGCAGACCCGGUAUCUAUUCGUCCAGACCGGAAGUGGACCCCGUCGCGACCCUGUGGGAAUCCAAAUCUACAAACAGGAUCCCAACCGAACGGCUGUCAACGAAAUGGGCUUGCCAUUAAAAAUCCCAAUAACUGCCAUAUCGAAGGCUCGGAGACCCGGCAGCAGCAUCGGCACGGUAGGAACGCCUUGCGGGAAGCGUACGAAGACAGUCUCGCAAACAAACUUGGCCGCAGCCGAACAACAAGAGGAGGACGCAGACAGUGUCGUGUCGGAUGAGGAUGAUUUGGCUAUCUUUCAAGCCGCCAAACAGGCCGAUGACAAUCGUGAGCCUUUUUUCGGAUGCGACACUAAUGCUGAAAGCCUGUGUGUCAAUGGCAAGAAACGACCAGCGGAAGUGGCAGCAGAUACCGACUUCGUACCUGGCGAAUUGGACAUCACGAACAUCAAGUUCAUGGAACCACCGAAGGACGCCAACCCGGUCGCCACCAAGGCACUCAUGCGUCUGCUCAAAGAGGCGCUAAAAACCCAGGAUGACACUCCGCCAGCCACACUCGGGUGGUAUAUCGACCGCAGCUUGAUCAACAAUGUGUACCAAUGGAUCGUGGCAUUGCACAGCUUUCCGAGCGAUCUACCUCUGGCUAAGGACAUGAAAAGUGCCGGGGUGACAUCAAUAGUCAUGGAGAUGCGAUUCACCAGUCAGUACCCUUUCAGCCCCCCAUUCAUUCGAGUGGUCAAGCCUCGCUUUCUGCCGUUCAGCCGAGGCGGAGGUGGCAACGUCACGGAAGGGGGUGCAAUGUGCAUGGAAGUGUUGACAAAUAAUGGAUGGUCUGCCAGCCUCACUGUUGAAAGCCUUCUCCUUCAAGUCCGGCUGGUCAUGUCUGAUACAGAGCGACCUGCGAGGCUAGACAGACGACCUGGCACCUUUUACAAUGUUGGAGAGGCCAAGGCAGCAUACCUCCGUGCGUGCCGUAACCACGGCUGGGAAGUUCCUGCGGGGUUUGACACAAUUCAGGAGCUGGACUGA